UACAAACCCAGCGACGGACAAAGGUCAUGUCAAAGUGUUCAGCUGUCAUCAAUUCCUGCAAUGGAUUCAGCCACGUUCUCAUUAUUGGAUCAGGUCCUGCUGGUCUGGUGUGCGCUGAGACCCUAAGACAGGAGGGCUUUACGGAUCGUAUUGUGAUGUGCACCAUGGACAAACAUCCACCGUACGACAGGCCUAAACUGAGUAAGUCUCUGGAGAGCACAGCCGAACAGCUGCAGAUGAGAGCCGCCGAGUUCUUUCAGAUGCACGACAUUGAGGUACUGCUAGAAAAAGAGGUGAGAUGACAUUAAUAUCUUUUUAGCGAGAC